ACGGCUGCUAUCAGCAAGUUCUGUUCAGAUAAUGUUUGGCUAGUUUGUUCGCGCUCUUUUAGGAGCCACAAGCCACCAGACUAGUGGGUAUAUAUAUAUAUAUAUAUAUAUAUUUAUAUAUAAAACAGGUAAAAAAUGGCCUCUAUAGCAUUUUGUUGUGUCAAAAGUACAGCGCAAGCGACGUCGAGACGAAGUUUCAGUCCAAAUGUAAAGUGGCUUUCAAGAGUCGCCAGACCGUCGCCAUGUUCGCUACCGGGGACCAGGACUACCGGGGCUCGGUGCAUGUCCCACGGGGCCGCCGCGGGUGGAAGCAGGAGGAGGGGAGCGUUGGCGCUGAGCGGCGCCGCUGCGGUCACCGCGGCCAUAGCGGGCUUGUUGGCCAACAACCGGCACUUCCGGCAGGCUGACAUGGCCACUUUGGUACCGAAAGCCGCGGAGGAGACGGGCCAAGAGGGGGACAUCUUGACCAGGUGCCGGGGAUUCAUGUCUCCGCCGGUCACCGACGUCGCCGUGUUGCAGGGGAGAAAAGACGACAUGUGCACCAGGAUGGAGAUGCUCAUCAUGGAGACACAGGCCGACUUCUGCAAAGCCUUGCAAGAAGUGGACGGUGGGACCUUCCAAGUGGACCGGUGGGAAAGGAAAGAAGGUGGAGGUGGGAUCAGUUGUGUGAUGCAGGAUGGAGAAGUCUUUGAGAAGGCUGGAGUCAACGUUUCUGUGGUGUUUGGACACUUGACGGAAGAAGCUGCUCGGCAGAUGAGGAGCAGAGGGAAGGUCCUCAAAGGGAAAGAUGGCAAGCUGCCAUUUUGUGCCAUGGGUGUGAGCUCCGUCAUCCACCCCAAGAACCCCCACAUUCCCACCGUGCAUUUCAACUACCGAUACUUUGAGAUCGAAGAGGAAGACGGGUCCAAACAAUGGUGGUUUGGUGGCGGCACAGACCUGACUCCUAUUUACCUGGAUGAAGGCGACGCCUUCCACUUCCACAACACCCUGAAGCAAGCCUGUGACAAACAUCACCCGCACUACUACCCCGACUUCAAGAAAUGGUGUGACAGGUACUUCUACAUCCGCCACCGAGGAGAGACUCGGGGCAUCGGCGGCAUCUUCUUCGACGACCUGGACGGCCCCGAUCAGGAGGCGGCCUUCAGCUUUGUGAAAAGCUGCGCUGGCACGGUGGUGCCGUGUUUCCUUCCCAUCGUGCACAAACACCUCACUCAGCCUUUCAGCGAGCAGGAGAAGGCCUGGCAGCAGGUGCGCAGAGGAAGGUACGUGGAGUUCAACCUGGUCUACGACAGGGGGGUCAAGUUCGGCUUGGCCACGCCCGGAUCCAGGAUCGAGAGCAUCCUCAUGUCGCUGCCCCUCACCGCCAGGUGGGAGUACAUGCACGAGCCCGACUCUGGCACCCCAGAGGCCAACAUGCUGGAGGCGUUGCGAAACCCCAAGGAGUGGGUGUGACCUUUAAUACUAAUGACCUUGUUUGUUGCCUUUUGGAUCGUUGAGCGGGUUAAAUGUCGGCCUUACCUUCAACAAACACUGGACAUGUUUAUUUAACACAACUAGUAGGAAAGAGGCUCUUCAAUAAAAGCCUUCAGAGAUGCAUUUGUUGUAAGCUGGAUGGAUGCUAGGCUUAGAAUGUGCUGCCAAAGUGAAAGUAAUGUGCUCACAACAACAGCUCCCUUUGGAACUACAAGUGGAAAAUGCCUCAUUACACAAUUAGUUAUUAUAUAUGUUUUUACAGUCACAGAAAAUAAAUAGAUUUUACAGGAAAAACACAUUCAGUUUCCAAAAAGUUACCAUACAAUGUUUUUUACAACAAGUUUUUAUGGUUACUAAAAAAAACAAAUGUUUUUUAUGGCGUAAUUCUGGCAACUGAGCUCCCAGUUUGGAUGUAUAACUUGCCUUAAAGUCAUGAAACAAAAUGUUUAGAAUGUAUGUUAAUAUAUUUGUUGCAAUAUUGGAUCAGUGUUGCAUACCUGCCAACUUUUGAAAUCAGAAAAACCUAGUAGCCAGGGUCCAG